CACACACACCCCAGACCCUGAGAUCCACAGCGCAUACACUAUAAGAAUCUCUCUACAGCUCACCCUCACGCUCCUGCGUCCGGGUCGCGCGCUUGCACCUACGUGGCUCGGUGAAGCUUAUCAGACCCCGGUCCUGGCGUCAUCACCUCCGGCCCCCCCGCGCCCUCCAGCCAUCCACCGCGCCCCGGCCUGGCGUUCGUCACCUGCCAGACCAACGAGACAGCCAAAGCCCAUCUGACUUCGGCCUGCCUGGCUUCUGGCUUCUUGAAGGCCUCUGCCCGCUCUUUUCUCCUGAUAUUCCACCUGCAGCCGCAGACUUGAGUGACAAAGAAGCCGAGCCCUCGGCAGCAUCCGAUCAGCGAGCGGGCCCCCCGACUACAUCCCAGUUGCACGCUUUCAACAACGCAGCAACACCCCUUAAGCCUCAUCGCCCAUGUCUCCCUCAAACAUGGAGUUGCCUGAUCGCGUCAGGAGCCAUGGUCAUACUCUUGCCUCUCUCCAACAGACGUCAGCGCCUGGCCGGCCAAGGUCAGAUGACUCGUGGAUAGAGGUCUCCUCUCAGCCAUCGUCAUCCUCUCUGUCUUCUGCAAACGACGAGAUCAUCACCGACGGCCUACGCGUCCAGCACGACUCCAACGCUCACCGGCGUCGUAGGCGCCGCUUGGAUCCUGACCUUGGUUAUCGCGGCUCGAGCGCUGGCACAAGCAGCCAGGAAGAGUACGAGGAGAGCGAAAGCGAGUCGGAUAGAGUCAUGUCUUCUUCGAACGAAGGUCUGCCGCCUGCGCAGGAAGUCCGGCGUUUGAGCCGGGUGGCGCGGUAUUCGUCUUCAGACAACCAUUCAGAUAUGGAAGCGAGUGACGACGAGGACGAGAACUCGACGGCCGUGGGAUACAUCCCCAGCACCGAGAACUGCUUCACGCCGCAGCCAACCGCCUUUUCCCACCCCCGGACUGCUCGACAACAGCAAAGCCAACGUCACUCUUAUCCCUCGCAAAACACGCACUCCCCGUACAACAUGAUCUCGCCGACGCACCAAGCCGACCAUGACGCCGCCCUCCGCGCCAGCCUCUCAACCCUCCUCUCCUGCGCAGCCGCCGCCCGCGGCCUCCCUAAAUCCCGCACCACGACGUUGGCCAACCCCGCAGCGGCAGCGCCCUCCUCCAGCCGCGUGGACCCCGCAACGUUGCGCAUGGUGCCCGAGUCCGUGGCGCUGGGCUCGGGCGCGCCAUCCCCUCCCACCGCACCGCAGCGACCCACACCCACGAGCACGCCAUCGGGCGGCACCAUCCCCCCAGCCUCGACGCGCAGCAGCAGCGGCUCGCAAGAAAAACACAAGCGCGCACGCCCCAGCAGCAAAGACCGGCGGGGCAGCGCAAAGAAGCGCCGCGCCUCGGCGUUCAACACCAACAACUUCCCCUCCGCCGCGGCGGCCGCCGGCGCCCUCGACAGCGAAGCGCCGAUCAGCCCGACGCUGCUGACGUGGGUGGUCAGCGCGGGCGUGGUCGUGCUCGUCUCUGCCCUGAGCUUCUCGGCUGGCUACGUCGUCGGCCGCGAUGCGGGGCGCGCCGAGGUCGAGCUGCUGGGCGAGCUGCGCCCGACGGGGACGACGUGCGCGGGCGAGGCGUUGAGCCGGAGCGCGGGCGGGCUAAGGCGCCUGCGUCUGCCGGGUGCGGCGGCCGCGGGGGGGUAG